AUGAAAUUAAAGAUUGUUUUGAAAAAAAGCUCAAAAAACUUUGAUUUGGUCGGUUGUGUUUGUUGGUGUGGUCCGGACGAAGUUUACAGCGCUGGGGACAACCACGAAAUUACAAAAUGGAACUUGGCAACGGGCGAACAUUCCUUAGUUGCCAAGUUGCCUGACGAUUUUUACCCGACAGACAUCAAAUGUGCCUACAAAAGUGCUAAUACCAAACAGCAAUCUAACUCGAACGACGUUCUUGCAAUCGGUUCAACUGACGGGAGACUGAUGCUGAUGUCUAGAAACGGCCGGGUUGAAAAAUUAGUGGAAGCUCAUUUGGGAGCCAUACCAUCACUUAAUUGGAACCACGAAGGAACCGACCUCAUAACUGGUGGAGAGGACGGCCAGUUGAAAAUUUGGUCGCGCAGUGGGAUGCUGAGGUCGACGUUGAGGCAGUCGUCGUGCGCCGUUCACUCGGUCGCGUGGAGCAGCUCAUGUGACCAUGUCUUGUACGCUUCUGACAGGCAGCUCACCAUCAAACCCAUCCAGACCAAUGUUAAAAACCUGAAUUGGAAAGCACACGAAGGCCUGAUAUUAUGCGUCGAUUGGAACCACACUAACAAUUUGAUCAUUUCUGGAGCUGAAGACUGCAAAUAUAAGAUAUGGGACUCGUACGGCCGCAUAAUUUACACGAGCUCGUCACACGAACAUCCAAUAACAUCUCUGUCCUGGUCUCCGAGUGGUCAUCUCUUCGUCGUUGGCGCCUUCAACCUCAUCAGGCUCUGUGAUAAGCUGGGGUGGUCACACAGUUUGGACAAGCCCUCAUCCGGCAGUCUGUAUAAUUUAUGCUGGUCACGUGAUGGAACUCAAGUAGUAGGCGGGGCUGGAGGAGGAGCCGUCCUCUUUGCCAGACUCUCUGAUUGGGUGCAUGAAUGGCAGAACCUCGAGAUACAGGUAAGUGGUGCCAAGGCAAUACAGGUGAGGAACAUUUCGAACGAUGCACGCGAUCACCUGGAGGUCAAGGACAGGAUUAUAAACACGUCCAUCAGAUAUAAAUAUCUCAUCGUCGUUACGUCAUCAAAGUGCUAUGUUUAUAGUGUAAAUAACUGGCACACACCGGCUGUUGAGUUUGAACUGAAAGAAUGCAUUGUAUCCAUGAUACAACAAUCACAUAGAUAUUUCAUGCUGCUAAACUCGUCAAGCAUCAACAUCUUCUCAUACGACGGCAGACUGGUCAGCAGUCCGAAGAGCACAUCCCUGAAUCUGGACCCCUACAAUAGACACGCUGUGGUCAUUAGUGAUGACGUUUUAGUGAUUAGGGAUAAGUUGGACGAGAAGACUGUCUACGUGUUUGAAACUGUUACAGGCAAGAUGACGGAAGUAAUGGAGUUGGGCUUGGAGAUGUCCGGCAAAGCGUCAGAUAGGAAGAUGACUGUGGUGGACAGAAAUAGGGACCUGCACAUCAUCGUCGUUAGGGGCGCUGGCAGUCCGAGGAGGGUCGUGAAAGUAGGUCGCGUGGUGGAGAGUUUAUGCUGGCACGACGACAGGAGCAUGUUCGCGUGCAUCAGCGAGUCGCAGGUGAUCGUCUUCGUCUGCCCGUCUGCCGGCUUCAUUGACCGCUCACUCAUGGAGAAGGCGGUCAUCGUUAGAGAUGCCAGCGAGUACGGCAAGAACCCACAGAUCCAAUCUUUCCACGGCAACAACGUCCAACUGAAGAGAGGAAAUGGAUCGAUGGUGAGCUGUCACGUGACUCCGUACGCAGGGAUGUUACUGGAGUGUGUGGAGGCCAGUAAGUGGGAAGAAGCCGUCAAGUUGUGCAGAUUCGUUAAUACUGAAGCCAUGUGGGCCUGUCUAGCGGCUCUUGCGACCAAUCAGAAGAAUUUAAACACAGCCGAAGUGGCAUAUGCGGCUCUGAAUGAGCCAGAAAAGGUAAAAUUUCUGCAGCACAUAAAGCAAGAGACCCGCAAAGAGGUUCAAAGUUCGGAACUCGCCCUGUUCAGCAACAAUGUCCACCAAGCCGAAGGCAUCUUGAUUCAGUCAGGCCUUAUAUUCAGGGCCAUCAUGCUCAACGUUAACCUCUUCCAGUGGGAGAGAGCCCUGGAGCUGUCGCUGAAGCACAAGACACACAUCGAUACCGUCAUUGGACACAGGCAGCAGUAUCUCAAUAAGUUCGGAAAGAAAGAAACUAAUAAAUAUUUCAUUCAGAAUUCUGAAGGGGUGAAAGUGAACUGGGAGACCAUCAAAGCCAAAAUGCAGGCAGAGUAUCAAAACGAGAAGUCUCAGUGA